AAGCCAGGCCAUUCAUACAUUGCUUUGAUAUCUAUGGCCAUUUUGGAAUCUACGGAGAAGAAGGUAUUGUUGGGAGAUAUUUACAGCUACAUCAUGACAAAAUUUCCUUAUUACAACAAUCAAGACAAAGCCUGGAAAAACAGUAUUAGACAUAACCUAUCUUUAAAUGAAUGUUUCAUUAAAAACGGACGAGCUGAAAACGGUAAAGGAAAUUAUUGGUCUAUUCAUCCGGCAUGUCUUGAAGAUUUUUCAAAAGGAGAUUUCAGACGACGACAGGCGAGGAGACGC